UUAGCAUCAACAAAUUGGAUUCAGACUGGUACACAGCAACUCACACGAUAUUACUCUCCUUUCUCUACGAAUAUAAAAUAUAAGAUCUCCCAAAGAUGGUUGAAUUAACAGAAGUUGAGGACGAGUCCUUUGAGCAAAAGCAAGCCGGUCCAUCUGAGGAUGAUUACUACACUGAUACUGGUUAGUCCUACCAUUGACUUCGAUGACCUCUACGUUUAGCUAAUAUACGUGAAUCAAAGAUUCUGAGAUUUCCUCCGACGAAGAGGACAAUGUCGCAGACGAGGAGACCUUGGCAGAUCGCAUAAGUGCCCUGAAAGAUAUAGUACCUGCGUCAACUCGAUCUUAUAUUUCUAGCAAGGUGGAUACAACGACAAGCUGGAUCAAAUCGAGUUUAAUGUUCGGAGGCAAGACUUUAUGGGUUGUGAGCACAAGUGCUUUGUUACUGGGAGUUCCAUGGGCAUUGGCAUUUGUGGAGGAGCAGCAGGUAGUUGAAAUGGAGAAGGAGAUGAAGAUGAGAGAGAUGGGUGGAGAGGUACGUCAUCCCAGCCCAUUGCAUACAGAUUUGUUUUUGAUAUUCAUACUAACAUCUACUUGCGAUAGUUACUUUCCUCGGGCACAGACACAGCGGGACAGUUGAACGCACAGCUCGGCGCACAACAAGGGAAGCCAGCAUUGUAAUGAAUGAAUCUGCGACGAUACGAUACAAAGGAAUGGGCCCAAUGGAUGGAGAUAUGAUAGCAUUGUACAUCAGUGAGUGGCUUUUGAGGGGGUUGCAUGAUUCAAAAGGUUUAUGGCCACAAAACCUGUAUUGUAUUUCUAGUUCUUCUCACCUCAUGAACAAAUAAUUUCUUCAGUAAAUACUCGAGUAUAUUUACAAAAUCCAGUUCAAUGUCAAAUUCAAUAUUCAAGGUUC